AGUAUACAGCACAGUCUCAUGUCUUGCUGCAGCUGCUACUGGACAGAAAACAAGAAGAUCCACUGAAGUGAAAAAAUACCAACUUCCCUCACAAGGGAUGAGAUAAAGGGAGACAAUGAAACGGCAAAAAAGAAAAAAGAAAGCAAAAAGGGGAGAAAAUUCUUCUAACCUCGAAAGACGGCCAUCCCUGCAGGAAGAUGUGGGAAACAUGGAGGCGAGAUCAGUGGAGGAAAACUCACACAGCCCAUGCCUGCCUGAUCCUGAAUCAACCACUGUAGAGGAGAAAGAAGCUGACUGGGUGGACAACAACAGGGCUGACCUCAUUCAGAACAUUACUGAAGUGAUGCCGAUAGCAGAUCUGAUGCAUCAGAGGGGAGUUAUCCAUAAAGAGAUGUACAACCGAAUCAAGAGUAAAAGUGUGGCGCAGGAUGGGAUGAGGGAAAUCUUCAGCACUACCACGUGUACAAAAACAAAAUCUGCCUUCUACAGAAUCCUCCAAGAAAUUCAUCCUGAGAUAAGUCCUAAAGAUUUCAUCAAAGAAGUCGUCAAAAGGAACAAAGAAUAUUUGAGGGAAAAGUGUUCGUGGCAGCUUGAAGGCACCGGAAAAUCUCGUGACGAUGAAAAACCACUGGACAAGAUUUACACAGAGCUUCACAUUGUUCAAGGAGAGAAUGAAGAUAUCAAUAAACAACAUGAGAUUUGGGAAAUUGAAGAAAAAACAAGGAACCAAACAGCAGAGGGGAUUAAAAUCAACUGCAAUAAUAUAUUUAACACCACUCCAGAAAACACAGCAUCAUCUAAGCGAGACGAAAGACAAGUGAAAACCAUCAGGACUGUGAUGACCAAGGGAAUAGCUGGAAUUGGAAAAACUGUCUCUGUGAAGAAGUUCAUUCUUGACUGGGCUGACGGUCGUGCCAAUCAGGACUUGGACUUCAUUUUCAUGUUUCCAUUCAGGGAGCUGAAUCUGGUCAUAGAUGAGGAGUUCAGCCUUGAGGAACUAGUGAGGGAAUUCCAUCCAGAGCUUAGUAACAAAGCAGCUGCAAUAAUAUUUUCUGAAAUAAAAACGUACAAAGUCUUGUUCAUUUUUGAUGGUCUCGAUGAAAGUCAGAUGAAAUUGAAAUUCAAAGACACCAAAAGACUCUCAGAGCCCUCAAAGAAAUCCUCAGUGGACACUCUGGUGACCAACCUUAUCCGAGAGCAUCUUCUUCCUUCUGCACUUGUCUGGAUAACAUCAAGACCAGGAGCAGUUCAACGUAUCCCUCGAGAGUAUGUUUACCUUUGGACAGAGGUCAGAGGUUUUAAUGAUCCACAAAAGAGUCUCUACUUCAGGAACAGAGUUGAGGACAAGGACGUUGCUGAAAGAAUCAUCAACCUCAUCACCAUGUCACGGAGUUUAUACAUCAUGUGUCACAUCCCCAUCUUCUGCUGGAUUGCCUCAAAAGUUCUUGAGUAUUUGCUUUUAAAAUCAGGCAACACUCAAGAUGAAACCAUAAAGACACCGACAACUCUCACUGAGAUGUACUCGCACUUCUUCCUCAUCCAGAUGACGGUUGCUACUGACAAAUAUGACAAGGAGGAGAAGACUGAAGCAGAGGAGAUCUUCAAGUCAAAUGAGGAGUUCAUCUCCAGAUUAAGCAGGAUGGCAUUUGAAAAGCUGGAAAAAGGUGAAAUCAUCUUCAGUGGGGAAGAUCUGAAAAAGUACGGCAUUGACAUGGACAAAGCUGGAGUCUAUUGUGGAUUCUGUACAGCGAUAUUCAAAGUGGAGAGUGUGUUCAAUACCAAGAAACUCUACUGCUUUGUGCAUUUGACGGUCCAGGAGUAUUUUGCAGCUCUCUUUGUGUACCGCAGUUUCGCAAGAAAAUCCAUCGAGUCCCCAAUCCUCAAGAAUUUCUUGCUGGUAGGAUCCGAUGAGGAUCUUGAGUCUGUCCUGGAUGCAGAUCCAGUUGAUCUACCCUUAGAUGAGUUGAUAGAAAUUGCAAUAGCUAAUUCAACUCCAAGAAAGACAGGAGAACUGGACAUGUUCCUCAGGUUCCUAAUUGGUUUGUCCUUACAGUCAACACAAGAACUGCUUUACGGCCUGAUUCAGCAGACAGAGGAACACUCUGAAGUUGUUGAGGAGAUUGUGAAGAGUCUAACAGAAAUAGAUCUAGCUGACUGCUCACCUGAAAGAUGCCUGAACCUUGUCCACUGCCUGGUUGAGCUGAAGGACACUGCCAUACAUGAUGCUGUCCAGCAGUAUCUUACACCAAAUGAGAGUCCAGAAACCCAACUCUCCCCUGUUCAGUGUUCAGCUUUGGCAGAUUCCAUUCUCAUGUCCACUACACCUCUGGAUGAAUUCAACCUGAUGAAGUUCAAGCUGACAAGAAGAGGUAUUUUCCGGCUUCUCCCAGCUGUGAGGAACUGCAGGAAAGUAAUAAUCUCAGGUGUUGAUCUGGACCUCUGGAUUUGUGAAACAAUUUCUUCAGCUCUCCAGAAGCCAAACUCUGUGCUAAUUGAACUGCACCUGAUAAAUAGCACCUUUCCUGAAAGAGGCGUUGAAGUUUUGGCUGAGGCACUGAUAAAAACUCAGUGUAAACUGGAAGCUCUCAGUCUCUCGGGCCAGUGGACUUCAGAUCUGCUCAAUAAACUGGCACCAGAUAUUGAACCGGUCAUCUCAAAUCUGAGGGAGUUGGAGUUGAGUGACAUGUGCACGAACUCAUUGGUCUCUGUGAUCUCAAUUGGCCUAAGCAGCCCUAAACUGGAGAAACUCAGACUGAACCGAAAUUCUGGAAUCAAUAAAAUCUGCAACGAGCUGGCCACAGCAUUCACAGCCAAACCGUCCAACCUGCGAGAGCUUGAACUGAAUUACACCAACUUUAAAGACACAGAGAUGGAGAUCUUCUCAAGUGCACUGACGAGCUCAACCUGUAAACUGGAGACACUAGGUCUCAGUCACAACAAACUAACUGUAAAAGGCUGUGAGAUGCUGGCGUUGGCUCUGAGCUCCAGACCGUCAUCUCUCCGGAAGUUGGACCUGAGCUACAAUGACCUGUACACCUCCGGACUGAUGGAGCUCUGCAAGGCCCUGAUCAACCAACACUGUGUCUUGGAAGUUCUAAGGAUGCGUUUCUGUAAAGUGACAGGAGAUGAAUGUUCCUCUGUGGCGUCAGCUCUGAGGUCGGACCACUGCAAGCUCAGAGAGCUGGACCUGAGCUUCAAUUACCUCACCGAUCAACAAAUCAAACUGCUGACUGAAAUACAGGAGGAUUCACGCUGCAGUCUGGAGAACCUCAAUGUGGACCAAAAUGAGCAACGCUGGGUCGAUUUGAAGCUACUCAGACAAUAUGCCUGUGAUCUGACAUUGGAUCCCAACACAGCUGGAAAAUAUAUCUCUUUGACUGAGGAGAACAAAAUGGCAACACAUGGAAAGAUACAACAAUAUCCUGAUCAUCCAGAUAGAUUUGAUGCACCUCAAGUGCUGUGUAAGGAGGCUCUGACUGGUCGUCAUUACUGGGAGGUUGAGUUUGAGUCAAGUUCAGGAAAAGUUGGAGUUGCCUACAAAAGUAUUCCCAGGAAUGGCGACUGUUCACGUGACUUUUCCUUAGGAGGAAAUGAAAAGUCUUGGUGCUGGGAAAUUGAAGGAAGUUUUCAUCACAAUGAUUCCCCUCAAAUGUUUUUGGUGUCAAAAACAAGCAACGUAGGAGUGUAUCUGGACUGGCCAGCAGGAAUUUUAUCCUUUUUUGAAGUGUUUCCUGAAACACUGACCCAUCUGUACACUGUACGCACAACCUUCACUGAACCGCUCCAUCCUGGUUUUGACGUUGUUAGUGGAUCUUUUUUCCUCAGGAAAAUAGAUAAUCUAUUAUUUAAAUAGUGAAACAACAUACAUGUAUGUAAAAAAGUACUCCAUCAUCAGCAAGCAUGUGGUGACAGUGGAGAGUAAAAACUUGGUUAACAGGACUGUAAAAAACCUCCAGCAGACCCAGACUCAGGGAGACUCUUUUGAAGCAUGUGGCAUGACCACAUAUUCAAGACUUUCAGGAUGAAGAUGCACUUUGUGCACUUUGUCCUCUUCUUAUAAAGUGGUUCCUAAUUAAUGAGCAGCUGGAGAGCACUAACAAUUAGAAACUGAAUGGCACUCAUGAAGACACUUAGGCCCCGUUUACACGGGGCAAAAACGGAGGCGUUUUCACGCGUUUUGGCCGUUCGUUUACACGAAAACCCCCAAAAACGAUCAUUUCUGAAAACUCCGGCCAAAGUGGAGAUUUUCAAAAACUCAGUUUUCACAUUUGCGUCUAAACAGAGAAAACGGAGGAAAACGGAGAUUUACGUCACAUUAUGCGACAGAAACGUCACCAGCAGCGUCAUGAGUGCGACCUGUGUUUACAAUUUGUUUGGCCACCGUAAACAUUUUCUUUUAUUUUACCUGUUUUAAAUUCUCUCAGACUCUCGUUCCGUCACAGUGUCCACACUGCAUGCGAGCGAGCGAGCGUCAGCGUCAAAAACAGUUCCAUUGCUUUAUUUUUUAUUUGCACUGUCUACACUGGUUGCGAGCGACGCGGAGUCGUUUUGAGCUGGACUUUUGUCGCACGCCCUGCUUCUAUUUUCUUCCUGUCGCUCGGUUGAAAGCCGGUUGAAAGUUGAAAAAAAAGUGUAAAGCGCUGUAGGAAACAGUCAUUUCAAUACAAGAACCUCAAUAAAGUGGCAGCUGCUGGAGGGAGAUCGCCAGGGACGGUUCUGAUAAGAUAUAAUAAGAAUCUUAUCUUAAUCUUAUUAGGGCUUAAUUUGUGCCGGAUCCAACAAGAUCUGGUACCUAUUUGAUCAUUUCUCGUGUCCUCUGCUUUUCCCCCACAUCCCAGUAAUGAUCUGACAUGCUGACAUGUUUGCUGCUUUUAACACCACGAACACGCCGCUCACUCCACGCUGUUCGCUGUUUGAUUGCGUCACCACACGCCGUUAUUUUGUUCGUUUUUUUCCCCCACUUUGGUCGGACGGUAGACCUGCUUCCAUUUUCUUCCUGCCGCCUUGUCUAGGAGUUCUUUUAGGAGUUUCUUUCAGGAGCGCACGGGCGGUUGGUGGGGCGAAUAAAAGGCGAGUCUCGGGCGGGUGAAUAAAGGCAGAUUUAUGGUUUAUGGUAAAAUCAGCGUAGCCUACGGCGUAGGGUACGCGGCAACGCGCACCGUUCGGUGAGUGCGCCGCGUACCCUACGCCAUAAGGUCUGCGUUGGUGUAACGCAGAACCAUAAAUCAGCCUUUUAAAAGGCGAGUCUCAGCUGUCAAUCAAAAGAACGUGGUAGAACGUGGGGCCGAUAAUGCGUUCAGUGUUUCAGGACAGAGCGCGUCCGAUGCCAUAAAUCAGCCUUAACUGGAAGUUACACGUGUCAUUUGUUGAUGUUUUUUCCAGGAUUCUGAUUGGCUGGCAUGACGUUAACAGCGUUUUCAUGCGGGUCUGUGUAAACGAGGAUAUUUUUGAAAACGGAGAGGGGAAAAUAUCCGUUUUUGUAAAUACCCGGCUACGUGUAAACGUGGCCUUAUGUUCUUACAAUCCAGUCUGAGUUUUACUGGGUGUUCAAGAAUGUCAGUAAUUAUUUUAGUAAGAUGAUGAUUAUGUGCAAAUUUAUUCACAGAUCCCUGAAGAUUUCACUGUGUUUGGGGUCUCAGUUUAAUCAUGAUUAUGAAACAUAUAUGUACAACAUGUGCUACGUCACUGUAGCAGGAAUGGACGUGGUCCUCGAGCCUGCAGCUGUUGUAUAGCUGUUUAUCCUGCAGCUGUUGUAUAAUAUUGUAAUCUUGUGACUAUAUGGCCAAAGUAUGUCAAACACAUUUUCACAGUUGUAUUAUAAAUGUCUGUUGGAUUUGUACCAUACUUUAAAUCUUUGAACUAUUGUUUUCUCUCCUUUGUUUUUCAAUGAUUUUGACUGUGUGCUAUAUAUUUAUACUAUUUACAGUGCUUUAAAAUGUUUCCUUAGGCGGUGCUAUGUGAAGGUAAUGAUUGUAAUUUUAUGAUCCAGAAAGUCUGAUUUACUUUGCAGCAUUUGGGGAACUGGCAAGGAAUCAUGUCUUUGCUACCGUACUUAAAUGUUAGCCCUCAACAUUUUUGAUCGAGAUUAAAAUCAUGUCAAA